AUGACCGCACCUACCAAGAAGGCCAGUGUCGAUAAGGCAGCCCGGAGAAAGCGUUUCGAGGAUGUCUUCCCGGUCAUUGCCGAGGAGCUCCUCGGGUACAUCCGUGGUGAGGGCAUGCCCCAGGAUGCUGUCGAGUGGUAUGAGAAGAACCUGUACGCCAAUACCCCCGGUGGAAAGCUCAACCGUGGUCUCUCCGUCGUGGACAGUGUGGAGAUCCUGAAGGGCUCGGAGCUUGGCGAUGAGGAGUAUCUGAAGGCUGCGAUCUUGGGAUGGUGUGUUGAGCUGCUCCAGGCUUACUUCCUCGUUGCAGACGAUAUCAUGGACCAGAGUGUCACUCGCCGAGGCCAGCCAUGUUGGUACCGUCAGCCUGGAGUCGGCAACAUUGCCAUCAACGAUGCCUUUAUGCUCGAGGCUGCUAUCUACCACCUGCUGAAGAAGCACUUCAGGCAGCAGACUUACUAUGUCGAUUUGCUCGAGCUUUUCUUAGAGACCACCUUCCAGACUGAGCUUGGACAGCUGAUCGACCUGAUCACCGCCCCAGAGGACUCUGUCGACUUGAACAAGUUCUCCCUCGAAAAACACCACCUUAUUGUCGUCUACAAGACAGCCUUCUACUCGUUCUACCUCCCCGUUGCUCUUGCUAUGCGUGUGGUCGGUAUCACUGAUAAGGCCGCUUAUGACCUCGCCCUCUCCAUCCUCAUUCCCCUCGGCGAGUACUUCCAGGUUCAGGACGACUAUUUGGACUGCUACGGCAAGCCCGAACAUAUCGGCAAGAUCGGUACAGACAUCUUGGACAACAAGUGCUCUUGGAACAUCAACACCGCUCUCCGAUACGCCACCCCCGCCCAGCGUCAAAUCCUGGACGACAACUAUGGCCGCAAGAACCCCGAAUCCGAAGCACGCGUCAAGGCCCUGUUUUCCGAGGCGCCCAUCUCGAUCCCGGAGCGGUAUGAGGCGUACGAGGCCGAGGUGUAUUCGAAGUUGCAAGGGCUGAUUGGGAAGGUGGAGGAACAAGGAGCGGGGUUGAAGCGGGAGGUGUUUGAGAGCUUUUUGGGGAAGAUAUAUAAGCGGAGUAAGUGA